GCAGGGUGGAUCCCCUCCGUGUUUGCUUAGAGACAUUAUAGCAGAUGAAAUAUUCCCAGGUUUUACCCCAUUACGCAUGGAAUUCAGUGUAUAUAGUACGCAACGCCACCUCGACACACAGAACAACAUGAACGGCCACAAUUGUUCUAAAACCUUCCAUAGAUUAACAUGCUGAGCAUGAAGUGGGUUAACUAUACCUCCGCUAAAUCUGCUUCGAGCCACCGAUAUGAACCAGACAGGGUGGAAACGAAAUUACAGACCACUCUUGUAAUCUGCAAGCAAACAUACCUAUUAUCAUGGUCAUGUCGAUGUCGCCUAUCAUCUCUUUCUACCAACGCCAUGCUUAUUUGGUCCAUGGUUUACACAAUAACUUCAAGGCGAUCCAUAGUUUACAUCACAUCGUUAGUCCAGUUGCGAUACUUGAAAAAAAGUACCAACUCCCGUUACUGAAGCACAGAGAGAGGCAGCGAUAACGUCAUCCUUAGACCAUGAAGUAGACGUCAUAGUGUGUUUAGUAAAAACCAAAGUGCUACUUGUCUUCUAAAGUGUGGUUUUUCCUUAACUUUGAG